AUGGCUACAACGACGGCUUCGGCCGCGCAGUCGACCUUCGUUCCGUGGCAGGACCCUCCUCCCGGUGUGACAUCAAAUCCGGAUAACCCAGAGUCGCUUACCUACAAGGCCAAUAUCACCAUUGGCAUAGCGAUACCUGUUGUCACCAUCUUUUUUGCCUGCCGGUUCUGGGCCCGCGCUUACAUCAAGAAGACAUGGAUUGUGGAAGACUGGCUGGUGACGAUAUCAUGGGCCGGUAUACUAGCAUACUGCGCAGUCAUGAGGCUCGUCAUGGAACACCAUGGUGGGCAACACGCCUGGGACAUCACAGCGAAACAAGCCGAAGAAGCCGGAUAUUGGUUCAACGUCGCCUCGGUUCUGUACGGUGUCUUUAUUAUGUUUACCAAGAUGUCUGUGCUAUGGCUUUACCGACGAGUUUUUUCUCCCAUGAAAUGGAGUCCCUUGGACACGAUUAUUUUCGCCCUCAUCAUCAUCAUGAUAGGUUUCUACGUCAGCACAAGCAUCGUCAAGAUCCUGGAAUGUCUACCGAGAGCCAGAAUUUUCGACAAGUCCAUUCCCGGGUCAUGCAUCAAUGUCUCGGCUCUUCUUAACGCCAGUGGUCUAUUCAAUACAAUCACCGACUACAUUAUUCUUCUUUUGCCCAUGCACGCUGCCUGGAAACUGCAACUGAACCGUACCAAGAAGCUCCUCGUUAUUGCUGUGUUCACCUUUGGUCUCUGCGCCCCCGUUUUCAGCACCGUUGGUUUCGUCGUCCGUAUCCAGUAUAGUGGUAGUUCGGAUACCACAUGGACUCAGCCCGACAUUCUUCUCUGGGGAUGCGCCGAGUGUGUCUCGGGUUUCGUAGUCGUAUGCUUCCCCGAAAUGUCGUUCUUAAUCAACCGCAAGUCUCGCAAACGCAACUAUCCCCGCCGCCCAACCAACAGCAUGCUCGAAGCAUCGACCGAAGCCGCCCAAUCGCGCUCACGGUCACGCAAAAUGGCCAGUAACCGCGACGACCUGACAUAUUACGAGCUCGACGACGAUCUUGUCUAUGGCGUGCGGGUCAGUCCGUCGGCCAGCAAUUCGCGAUUACACGAGCCGGCAAACGGGACGGUGCAGGUUCACCAUGAGAUCACGAUAGAGUCGACCAAGAAGGAGGAUUUUGUUCGAUAA